UAUCAAUUCAUUUUUGAGGGGGCCCUUUUCAGGUUGUGACCUAACCCUAUUCGACGCUUGCUGACCACAGAAGCUUGCGAUCACGACCAUCAACUGCACACAAGUGCACACAAUACAGCUAAGACAAGGACGAUGACUCUGGAGCAAUCGACUGUACCUCCAGGCAGGAAGACUGUCUUCAAGACUGUUCUAGAUACGCCCUUCCCGCCAGAGACUGGGGAAUGGCCAAAGCUAAAAGAGGACGCAAAGUUCGACGAGACUAGCUUUUACGAUGCGCUCUCAAAGACAUUGUUGAGGCUCUUGAAUCCCAUUGACAAUUUUAGAAGAGCAGUCGAUGCUUCUCGAGCACCUAAACGUCGUCGCGGUCGUCAAGGCCGUCAACUCGCAAAGACCUUGCCACCCGCGCCACUUGCUUCUGCUGAGGUAUCAGCCCUUUCGCGGUGUAUUGCGGUCGGAUUGAAUACCUUGAUCGAUACGCUCCAGCUAGAAUGUACUUCAGCGCCACUUUUCAAUCGAAAAUCAUUGCAAAAGCGCGAUGCUCGUACUGUAUUCGACAUUGGCCAGGGCCGCGCAAAGCUCAAAAGCAAGAGAAAGGCAGAGCUGAACGAAACCACAGAAGUUUCGGAAGUGGCAGAGCCUCUGAGACUAUCUGUUGUCUUGGUCUGUCGAGAAGCCUUGGCGGCAAAGUCUCUUGCGAGUCACCUUGCGAGUUUGUGCAGUACUACCGUUGCCAGAAGGGUAGGUGACAGCCACACAGAUUGCCCUCUGUAUCUUGUGGCACUUCCGACUGCAGCUCUCGUGGAUCUUGCAAGCGCGCUUGGAUUUCCUCGGGUCACGGCCAUUGGCUUGACGGCAGAUUGUCCUGUUGAUACUGCAGUUGAUGCGCAGCUCAAGGAACUGUUGGCUUUGCUUGAGCUCAAUAUGAAGCAUGUUGUGGCCGCCGAGUCAGUACCUUUGCCAAACAAGGACAACGUCACCUAUGUGCCUACAAAGUUAAAGCACAUCGAGACGACAGCUCCCAUCAUGAAGCAAAAGCAGGGUGCGAAGGCACAGAAUCAAUAAAGAGUGAAUAAGAAGUAUGAACCUAUGCAAG